GUACUAUACUAGGGGAGCUAAGGGACAUAUCAGCAGCACUGCUGCUGCUGCAACUCCACCGCUUCCUCGGACCAAUUUCAAGGGCAACCCGACCAGGAAAAAGUUGUUUGUUUUUUCUAGCAGCAAAGGAGAUACCGCAGAGUGGGAAUCUGUAUGCGCUUUAUUUCCUUUUGACUGUUUUGUAAAAUUCUCAUCGUGUGGAAAGUUCAGGAGUUCAUUUGACCUUGCCCUGCCUUGGUAUAUGCUGGUGGGAGACCCAUAAACAAUCAUCUAGGAAUGGUGGAUCACUUGCUUCCUGCUGAUGAAUCUUAUUCGUCUACAAAGUUCCCUAUUGGAUACCUGGGGGACAUGCCAGCCAGUAGGAGGUCAUACCAGAUGCUGCCCUCUCCCUUGUCGGAAGAUGAUAGUGACUCUUCCAGUUUCUGUUCGUGUUCCAGUCCUGACUCCCAGGUUCUCAGCUCCAGCUAUGGGAGCACAUCUAGUGCUGAGAGUCAAGAUAGUAUCUUAGAUUACUUGCUGUCCCAGGCUACUCUGGGGAAUGCCCCCACGACUUGGUGGGAUAAGCCGAGGUUUCAGCCGGUGGUGAAAGAGGAGCAUUUUCAAUUCCCCGAGUUCUCAGUAGACCCCGAAGAUGCAGGACCAUUUCAACCCACUCUGGAAGAGAUUGAAGAGUUCCUGGAAGAAAACAUGGAACUGGAACUCAAGGAAGGGGCUAAAAGUGAGACCAAGGACUUGAGGGUUGGCAGCCAAAUUUCUUUGGGGCAGCAUAAAGAUCACAUGCUCCCGGGGGGUAACUUUAAAGAAAGUAAAAGCAAUCAGUCCAGCAGCUCAGCAGAAGGGGCCCAUGAUUCAAAUGGAGCAACAGCCAUGGAGAACGGAAUCCCUGUCAUUCUCCAAAUUCAACCCCUCCAGAUCAAACAAGAAACAAACACAGGGCCUAGUUCACCAGGGCAAACCCAAGACAACAUUAAAAUCGCCCAACUCCUAGUCAAUAUCCAAGGGCAAACUUUUGCACUGGUGCCUCAGAUUGUCCAGUCCUCCAACUUGAACUUGCCCUCUAAGUUUGUCCGCAUUGCCCCGGUCCCCAUUGCUGCCAAGCCCAUAGGACCCGGGGGCGUGGUGCAGGGUCAGACAGGAAUCAUCGUGGGUCAGAAAUUUCAAAAGAACCCUGCGGCUGAACUCAUUAAAAUGCACAAAUGUACUUUCCCCGGAUGUACCAAGAUGUACACCAAAAGCAGCCACCUGAAGGCCCACCUGCGGAGACACACAGGAGAAAAGCCAUUUGCUUGCACUUGGCCCGGUUGUGGCUGGAGGUUUUCCAGAUCAGAUGAACUCUCUCGACACAGACGAUCCCAUUCGGGAGUGAAGCCUUACCAGUGUCCUGUCUGUGAGAAGAAGUUUGCACGCAGUGAUCACUUGUCCAAGCACAUCAAGGUGCACCGGUUUCCCAGAAGCAAUCGUUCGGUGCGUGCAGUGAACUGAUCGGUCCCUCUCCACCCACUUUCCAUCUAUCCAUUGGUCUGAAAACAGCUGACAGCGCUCUGUUCACUAUUUUAUAGUGAUAAUUUAUUUGUCUCUGAAACAGUGAUGCUGUUAUCUGAUGCCAUCACAUGUGAAUGUUUGGGUUGGAAAAAUAGAAUUUGAGAAUGAAGCUUUUUGCAGUUAUUUUGUUCCCCUUUGCCCCUCCCUUCUUUUCACUUCUUUGCUUCUCCUUGGAAAUUACAGUGUUUUAUUUUAAGCUGUUUUCUGCCACACAAGGAAAAUUUAUGGGCUACUUGCAGCUAGUUAAUUACAGUUCUGGCAUUCCUGUGGGCUUUGCUCAUAUACAGAGCUAUUCAUUGUGAGUUUUUAUUAAGCUGAGUCUAUUUGUCCAGUUUGGAUAUGGCAAAUUCCUUUUGAGAAAUAAAAACAAGUCCUUUGUGUCUCUGUGGCCUCUCCCGGGGAUUUGGAAUGGAUGGAGGAGGCUUUGGAACUUGCAUUUGUGCUCCGAUCCUCCUGAUUUCACCCUCCAUAGCACCUUUAGUUAGUCCUCUCUUCUUUAGGGAGAGGGGAAAAAAGAUUUUAAAUAAUGGUAACUUUGACCUUUUUGAAGCACUCACUAAGGGCUAAGCACUGGGGGAGUUACAAGGUUAUCACAUGGGGCUCACCGGCUAUCUUAGUCCCAUUUUACCGAUGAGG